CACCCAGCACUUGGUCGUUGAGGCCAGAAAAUUUAUGAGAACUCUCGCGAAAUUUUAGGAAAUUUCUCGGCAGCCAUUCAAAAUAUUGGUGGCCUCAGUCAUGACAGGCAUUAGAUUUUUUGUUACUCUUUCUUCUAUUCUCGAUCACGAAGAUUUCAUUGUUGCUCCUAAUCCCUAAUCAGGUAAUUGUAUAAUGGUUCAACCAUGUUGACGGUACAUGCUCUGAGGGUGAUUUCAAUUGUGGAAAGCAAUGCACUGAAUGAAGCCUCUCCGUCCAUGAUUACAUAUAUUAAGCCCUUAUUUAAUACUGUAAUUUCUCCCAUCAAUUUUUCGGGUUCUUGUAGCAAAAGAUUGUGUUAUUCCUCUCUUUCUUGGAGAGACCAUAAUCGCCUUAACACCCAUCACCUAUCUCACCAAGUAUGUUCAAAGAAAUGGCUGUGCCGGAUGCAUGAUUCAAUUUCAUCUGAGGAUGAGUAUCGAUCAUCACGCAAUAUAGCAAUCAGCUUGUUUAGGCGAUACAGGAAUGUUGUUGACAGAGGAGGAGGUGACAACCUAAAAGAGUUCAUCAGUGCUGGGGUGAAUGCGUAUGCAUUGGGGUGCACUGAUGAAGGAUUAAGGAAAGAACUAACAGAGAUGAAGGAAUCUGGUUUUGAAAUUGAAGCAAUGCAGAGUUAUGGUGGCAGCACUAGUUUGAAGUCCAAGAUUUUCUCCGAGGAGAUUGAUGAGUGUAUUCUUUGGUUGAGCAUUAUAUUCAUCACCAUCUUGUGUACACCACAACCAACUAUAGUUAGAUGGUCAUCUACACCUCCUGUGUCAGAUGAAAUAAGGCUGCAGUGGAAAGGCUUUUGUGCUCUCAUAGCAAAUGCGUAUUAUGUGAAAGGAAUGGCAUGGCUUCCAGUAAAGACUCUUCAACUGGAGCAGAUGGCAGUGGUGGGAAGUGCCGAGGAACCAUCUGUUGUUGCUAGUAGAAUGCGAUUAGUGUUUAGCACACUUGAGGUAGUGAGUCCACAGUGGCCAAGAGUCUAAUCCUGUGAUUCAAUAUGAAGGAUUUUCCUUGGAUCUCGGGUUUGGCGAACCGAUGAUUGUAAAUCAGUGUAGCAUAAGAUCAAGCAACUCCGAAUUUUUUUUGCGAAAAUCCCUUCAUAAUACAUGUGAAUGUUUGUUAAUAUUUGGAUGAUAAGUUUCUUCCCAUUUGCAAUAAUCGGGGUUCAAUCCCAGUUUUAACACGGAUGAUGCAAAUAUCAUAUAUUCACCGCCUGUUGAGGUGCAAGUUAUCUUUGCA